AUGAAGCUUGGCCUCCAAGGCACCACGGUCGUGUGGUCCUCGGGCGACACCGGCGUCACCCCUGAAGGCCAGGCGUGCCUCGGCGACUCGCAGCAAAUCUUCAGCGUCGACGACCCGGCCGGCUGCCCGUACGCGCUCUCCGUCGGCGCCACCAUCCUGCCAAAGGGGCGGAAGCCGGGCGAUGCCGAGGCCGUCACUGAGUCUUUCUCCCCCGGCGGCGGCUUCUCCAACAUCUUCCCCGCGCCCGACUACCAGGCCGCCGCCCUCGACACCUUCUUCACCGCGCACGACCCGGGCUUCCCCUCGUACAACGCGACCGACCUCAACAUCCCGCUCUCCGGCGACGGCGUCUACAACCGCGCCGGCCGCGGCUACCCGGAUGUCUCCGCCGUCGGCGACUUUGGCGUCUUUGCGUUCAACGGCCAGGUCGGGCUCAACGCCGGCACAUCCAUGUCAGCGCCCAUCAUCGCCGCUAUGCUCACGCGCGUCAACGAGGAGCGCCUUGCCGCGGGCAAGACUCCCGUGGGGUUCGUCAACCCGGCGCUGUACAAGAAGCCGGACGCCCUCCGAGAUGUCACCGAGGGUCGCAUGCGCACCGACGCGCCGUACUCCUGCCACGGCAAGAGUUAUUCGGCGACGCCUGGGUGGGAUCCCGUCACCGGGCUGGGUGUGCCCGACUACAAGGCCAUGUCUGCGUACCUGAACGGGCUUCCUUGA